GUAGCAUGUAAAAGAAAUAUUAUCGAGGCACAUGCGAAUUUGGUGCAGAGUAUAUAUUUGGUGUUGCUUAGAAGGAAGGGGCAGUGAGUGGUUGUAAGAAAAGGAAAUGAAGAAGAAGGAAAUAAUGGUGAUGGUUCCGUAUCCGGCACAGGGACACGUUAGUCCCAUGCAAAAGCUAGGCUGGGAAUUUGUGAGGCAGGGGUUCGAGGCUGUGAUUGUGAUCCCCAAAUUUAUUCACAGGCAGAUAGCAGAGCUUCAGAAAAAUGAUGAGAAUGAGAUGAUAAAGUGGGUGGCUCUGCCAGAUCAUGAAGAAGAAGAAGGAAGCAACCCACCAGAAGAUUUCUUCGCCAUAGAAUCGGCCAUGGAGAACAGCAGCAUCACAACUCACUUGGAAGCACUGCUCCAUAGCCUGGCCGCAGAGGGAGGUCACGUGGCCUGCUUGGUGGUUGACUUAUUGGCAUCUUGGGCCAUACAAGUAUCCGAUAGGCUUGCCAUCCCUUGUGCUGGCUUUUGGCCCGCCAUGUUCGCCACAUACCUCUUCAUUUCUGCCAUACCUCACUUUCUCCAAACUCGCCUCAUUUCAAACUCUGGACUUCCACAACACGAGGGAAAAUUUAGCCUUGAACCUGAGCUGCCGGUGAUUUCAACUGAGGAUCUGCCAUGGCUUGUGGGAACAGACGCUGCAAGGAAAGCAAGAUUUAAAUUUUGGAAAAGAACUUUGGAGAGAUCAAGUGCUCUGAAAUGGCUCCUGGUGAAUUCCUUUCCCGAUGAAAGCAAACUCGAAUUGGCAAACAACAAGAAGUUUACAGCUUGUCGACGAGUGUUGCCAAUAGGCCCUAUUUGUAAUUGUAGGAAUGAUGAGUUGAGAAAAAGUGUGAGCUUUUGGGAAGAAGAUAUGAGCUGCUUGAAGUGGCUAGAAAAGCAGAAGGCCAAGUCAGUUGUAUACAUCUCAUUCGGAAGUUGGGUGAGUCCCAUUGGGGAAGCAAAGUUGAAAAAUUUAGCACUGGCACUCGAGGCUUCAGGGAGGCCUUUCAUUUGGGUAUUGAGGUCCACUUGGCGUCAUGGCUUACCACUUGGGUUUAUGGAAAGGGUUGUGAAGCAAGGCAGAGGCAUGAUGGUUUCUUGGGCACCACAGAAUCAGAUUUUGCAGCAUAACUCUGUGGCUUGUUAUAUCACACACUGCGGCUGGAAUUCCAUAUUGGAGGCUUUACAGUUCCAAAAGAAAUUGCUUUGCUACCCGGUGGCAGGGGACCAGUCUGUCAACUGUGCCUAUGUUGUUCAGGUUUGGAGGGUAGGUUUAAAACUCAAUGGCCUUGAACCAAAGGAUGUUGAAGAAGGACUUGUAAGGGUCAUACAAGAUAAGGAAAUGGAUACCCGGUUAAGGAUAUUGAAUCAAAGAAUCAUGGGUACCAAUAAUAAGACGGGGGCUCUCAUGUUGAAAACCUUCCUCCAAGAUCUCAAGAAGGCAAGCUCUACAGCAACUACAUGAAUUAUUACUCCAUGCAGGUCUUUCUGAAGACCCUCACCCAAAAAAUUAUUUCUCUAUGUUAAGGCAUUGUAAAAAUCAGAAGAAUAAUCGACACUCCACCUUGUCUUUAGGCUCUGUGAUCGCCAUGUCUAGUUAACUCACUAGAAUCUACGCAUAUUUUUAUGAGUUAUUAUAAUAAUUUUCUCUUUUCAAGUGUAUUUUUAUCAGUGAUCAUUCUUAAAUCUCUCUGCCUGUCCGAUCCCGUAAGAAAUUGCAGUUUGUCUCUGCUAGUAUGUUUCUUUGGUAAUUUAUUACAAAAUUUUAAAUUUGCUAUA